UCGGUUGUGCCCCAGCGGAAUAACGGUAAACCAUAUUCCUCGAAGGAGAGCCUUUGUGUGCGGGUGCCAUUUUACAACAGACGAUAAAAUAAACAUAAAAGUGGAGGGAGAUGAUGAAGUAAAAAUAGCAAAAUCAGUGAUAACUAAUACAAACAAAGAAUUAAGUAAAAACGAUACGGAAACACAUAAAAGAAGGAAGACCGAAAUUCAGUCAAGUGUUUGACUUUGAAGAAGGCCAAGAAAAGUCAGAGCCAUGAUUUGAGCUUCGGGUAAUAGAGUUGCAGAUGCGAAAACGACAAUGAGAUGCUGGCACAAUGCGGUGAGGCGCAAGAAGAAGAAGCUGGCGGCAGCGGCGGCGAGGAGGGGAUCCGAUGAGGCGACGGAGGGCGUGGCAGGUCCUCCAGAUGGCACCUGCCAACGGCAACAACAAGUGGCCGGCGACACUUGGCUAACAACGCGGUCUGUCCCUCUGUUGUGGCUGCACUUGUUGCUGUUGGUCGCAUUUGCGAAACAUGCGGCUGCGGCAACAACUGCCACAAAUCCCGAGGCCACGGCCACCACAUUAAACAACUUUACCACGACGACGACGACAUCCUCAGCCGGAGCAACAUCAUCCCUGGCCACCACUUCAUCCACAUCAGCUGCCGGCGAGAAAUCCUCAAGCAGCUGGGCCAUUCUGGAGGAUCCGUUUAAGAAUAUCGUGCGAAUCGGUGAUGGCAACACGGUUACUCGGACGGCCAUUGAACAAUCGCUGGUGACGAUACACGACAUUGCCACCGAGAACUUGGGGACAUUGUGCAUCUCGACCCUAUAUCGACCCCUACAAGUGCCCAUCAACUCGGAACGAUAUGAGAGCUCCAGACAGAAAGCCGAUUUGGCCGCCUCGAUACUCCAGGAAGUUGGCAUCAUUCGCCACGGCGGACUGUCGGAUGCUCUUGCCAAGGGCCUGCUCACCGAUGACUUUAUAACCGGAGCCCGAAUCCUGGCUCUCAAUCUGACGAACGGAGCGGUGCAGUCGUACGUUUGGUGGGUCAAGGCGGGGCAGGCGGAGACGCAGCGCUACGACGAGGACGGCCUGCAAAUUGGCAAAAAACCCGCAGGCAGCUAUCCCUGGUUCGACGAUGAGACCUCCUCGCCCACGCUGCGUUCCCCGAAAUUCGCUCCCAGUCCGCCGAACAACUACUACAAGGGCUGGUGGACCUUCCCCUACUUCUCGUGCUCCCUCAGCCGGUGGCUGGUGUCCUACAGCAUCGCCAUCCCUCCAACUGGUCGCCAUGGCUUAAGGGGCUUCAUCAGCAUCGACAUCGACGUGUCCACUCUGCGGGUUAACCAGUGCGAGGCGGAGCCCUACCAGUUCGGCAGUCGCCGCCAGAAAAUGCAGCAGCUGCAGCAGCAACACCGCCUCACUUCCCGGAGAUCCCCGUUCCUCGGCGGAAGGACACCCGUCUUGGACGAGAGCACCAUCAACGACCUGCAGGCCUUCCACAGCUCCCACAAGUGUCAUCGCACCUCCAUGGUGUGCGACUACCGCCAGCCGAGUUCGGAGGCGCCGACAAUAACGGGCGGAAAGGUGCUGACCACGCCCAGUGGAAUCAGCUGGGCGAGGGGCUCGUACCAGUGCCUCUGCCGCGGGGGAUUCUACUCGCUGCGCCACCCGGACGGAUUCAACGGCACCAUCAUGGAGAUCGCCUGGCAGGAGCAGCAGGAGAACAUCAGCAACUACUACACGGACGUCUUCAAGUGUUUGCCCUGUGCCCCCGGCUGCGACUCGUGCACGGGUCCAGAGCCGUGCUUGGCCAACUACCACUGGCCAUUCAGAAUAUCCCUGUUGACCAUAUCCAUUGGCUGUGCCUGCGGCACCUUCGUCCUGGCGGGAUAUCUCUUCCGGCAUCGCCGCGUGAAGGUCUUCAAGGUGGCCAGUCCCAUCUUCCUGAUGAUCACGCUCAUUGGUUGCGCCAUCAUGUAUUUGGAGAUGGUGGCCAUAUUUCCCUAUUUGGAUACAACUUGGUGUAUUGCAACAAAAUGGACCCGGCAUAUGGGUUUUUGCAUCACCUACACUUCGCUGCUUAUGAAAACUUGGAGAGUUUCUUUGACUUAUCGUGUCAAGUCAGCCCACAAAAUAAAACUAAAUGAUCAGCAACUUUUGCAGUGGAUGGUGCCCAUUUUAUUGGUUAUGCUGAUCUACUUGGGAACCUGGACCAUUUCGGCCACGCCUACUGCUGAAGUGAUCUUGGAUCAGAGCAGUUUGAAGUUCAAGCAGUGCUCGUACAAUUGGUGGGAUCACAGCUUGGCCAUCGGAGAAGUAUUCUUCCUGGCUUGGGGCAUCCGGGUGUGCUACAAUGUGCGGAAUGCGGAGAGUUUGUACAACGAGGCACGGCUCAUCUCGUACGCCAUUUACAACAUAGCGCUCGUCAAUAUCGCAAUGGUCGCGUUCCACGUGAUGCUCUUUCCGAAUGCUGGACCGGAUUACAAAUACAUGUUGGGAUUUGUGCGAACGCAACUUUCGACGACCACCACAAUUGCUCUCGUUUUCGGGCCAAAAAUACUGCGAGUUUUCAAGGGUCAGGGAGACAAGUGGGAUCAGAAGGCCAAGGUGAGGAGCAUUACAGCUUCCUUUUCUCUAAAUGGAGUGGGUCUCGUCCCAGAAGAGUCGCCAGAUUUGUAUCAGGAGAAUGAGGAACUUAAGGAACAAGUCCAAAAGCUGGCCCACCAAAUCGAGUUCAUGAAGACUGUACACAUGCAGAUGAACAACAGGCAUCUGAAGCCAAAGCCGGGCGGAUAUUUUACCAUAACGUCAACCUCGUUCCAAGCGCCCUACAGCAAAAACACGGUUUCCUCGGCGCAGACGCAAACUGGAAAAGAUGAGUCCAGCACGCCAACGAAAUUAAAGUCGCCCAAGGGCAAAGUCUGACGAGGUCAACGAAGUGUUAAAGAUUGCUCAAUAGAAGUGGAUGGAGGAAAGGGCGUCGCCACCAAUCCUGUGGAGGACGCCAUUGAGUUUAAUUUCUACGAAGCAGAACCGGAGAAGAUUUUUACCCCGAAGGAGGAGCAGGAUCAGCCAGGAUCAGAGGAGGCGGAAUUGAUUGCCCAGUUCCGCCGUCUCUUUGCGCCCAUUUUGGAUGACAGCUUGAAUCUGUACUACCAACUCAACGACCUGGAUGAAACGGAGCACGUGAGGAUCCAUCAGACGGUGGCGCACAUGAGUGAGCUGACCAGCAGUGGAGAGGAGACGACGCAGGUGACCCAGGUGAACAGCCCGUCGCCGCCGGCGGAGGUGGAGCUAAUGCUGCCCUUCUCCAGCGGGAGCUCCACUUCCAGCAGUUCCCUCUACGCGAUCCACACUCCAUCGCCGGCUCAUCCCAGUGGUCUGAUCCUCGUGCCCGGGAAUCUGGAGUCACCAGUGCUCUCCUGCAGCGAUGGUAUCACGAUCACCGAGCAGGUGCAGCUCCACAAUCCCCCGCAUCAUCUGCAGAUCCUCGAGGACGACAACAACACGUCCUGUUCGCUGUCAUCGAAUUUGACGGAUAGCAAAACCCUGGAUGGUCGAACCCCAAUUGUGGUGUGAUUUCGAGCCCGAUCUGCUUAACUUGUGAUUUUGUUUACACAGUCUAAGGAGCAACAACAAACAGUUAGCGAAUUAUGAACCGCUUAAUGUUUAAAAUAGUCUUAAUAAUGUUUGUGUGUAUGUGUCUGUCAACGUUGUUUAAAUAUUAAAUGCGUUUAUGCGGAAGAAAUGUCAUUCAAUCUUAGCUUGGCUUAAAUACUUUUUAAACUCUUCUAAUUGAACGAAUACAAAGUUAUUAGCAACAUCCCACCAAUGAUUUAAAAAAUAUUGAUUGAUUAUAUUGGAAAGAGUUCGUACACAAAAAUUUGUAAGCUAUUUGUUCUUAUAUUUUUAAGCUUUCCAUCAUAUUGUUCUUGUAUUUUCCUACCGCAUAAACGCAGUCUUCAUGAGUAUGUUUUGUUUUUGGCUUUUUAACCAUACACCCAGCCAUUCCAUCAUCCAUGAUCUCCAUCGUUUUUGAAACCGGAAAGGAUCAAAAUUGAGCAGAUUUUUCUCACUUCGUUCGGAUCGAAAAAGGAAGUUGUAUAGUGAACUGUAGACAGCCAGGAUGGUCCGAUGGGACUCAUAGAGUCCAUCGAAGCCCCUAGGGACUUGGCAUUAACAAAUCUCAUUUUUCUUUCAUGCACCUAGCGAAAUAAAUUGUAUUUUCCUUGUUCUCUCUGCACUCCUUCAUAGGACAUUUAUUCUUUUCUUUGUAGUUGAAUUAACAUGAUUUCCAUCAUCAUAUGAUCUAUACUAACUUACAUUUAAGCUUAGCAAAGAGUCGAUUUUAGUGUACAAGAUGAUACAUAUACAUAAUGAUAUAACAUGGGUAUAUUGCAAUUUUAGCGAAAUAUUUUAAGCUGAGAAGUGUUAACAGACGCGCAAUUCUUCUUCAUACAGUUGGGAAAUACGUAUAAUGGAAAGUAUUCAGAAAUUUAAACAGAAAAACCUAAUAAAAAAAAUAAAUGGAAUAAAAAAUACAAAACAUUUAUAAGUAAGUUAAUGUUAAAUUAAAAUAUUGUAAAGGAAACAACAUGGCAAGAUCAAAACAUCAAUAAUAAAUGUUAUAAAAAUUAAAUAGUGUUUUCAUUGGUUGUCUCUUUAAAUAAAAGAAAAUGGGUAAA